AAUUAAGAAUAGGAAUCAGUGAGACAUACUUAUAAUGUUAGUCCUCCCCUAAUCUAUUAAAAAAAUGAGGGCCAUUUAGUAAAGAGCAUUAUAUCUUCAGUGCAUAAAAUUAGAAAGAGAUAUAACUGUAACUAGAAAAGCUACAAUUUCUGGGGAAAUUGUGUGAAGUGUUCUUGCCUCCACCAGUAGUCUACAACUGGAGUGGGCGGAGUAACUGGUAUCAUUUAUAUAGCACAUUUAAUUGCAACGUUGUUGCACAGUUACAUUAAACCAUACAUUUAUAAAAACAUUAGCAGGUGUUCAAAAGGCCCUGUCUAUGACAUCACUUGCUGCUGCAGCCUGGCACAGGUCAAAGUAUUUUGGCGGUUGCCAUCUUCAAACGGUCGUAUUUUAAAAACUAUAAAUCCUACAGCGAAGAGCUUUAUAUUGUGAGAAUCACAGGACCCAGACCUACAUUUCGAUGCAUAGUAUGUCUCUGAACUAUUAAAAAUGAAGGCACAGUCGCAGUUUAGAAAUUGCACUUCAAAUUUGAGCUUUGCAGAGUGGAGUUUCAAUGAAUGUCAAUGGACGGCGUUAGUUGCAAACAAAUGAUUAUAUUGUAAAAACUAUCAGGACUAUGGCUUAGCCGUUGACAUGUUUAGUGGCAGCAGGGAUAGCUGAACGUUUUGAUAUAAGGUUUGUGUAGGUGGGCCUGAAAAUAAGGGAGUGGUGGCAGUUUAGAAAUCAUGUCCUGAUUUUUCAGCUUUUGCCAGCUCCCACUCUAGCUUUGCCAUUCAUUCCUAUGGGACAAAUUUCGCCACAAGAACGACGAUAUUCCGUGAACCAUUCGUCGAAACGUUCCACAAAGUAAUAGCAAUCCGAUCGGGAACAAUCUGCACGUUUUGGUAAAUUUUUGUCUAUGUAGUGUUAAAACUGUGGGAGUAGUUAGGGUGGCAAAUUUGGCUAUAAUAAGAAUAAUAAUAUAUAUGUGAGAUAAUAAGUGGUCUUGCUAUGCAAGAAUGAUACUCUGGAUAAACUAUACAACAAAAUAAAAUAGAAAUUUGAUUCAAAUCUAACUACACUACAUUUAGAACUCACCCAGUUAUCUACUAAAUUAUUAGUUCAAGCUCAGAUGUUACAAAAACAAUUAAGAAUAAUAUAGUAAUCUCCUUUUAUGAAAAAAAAUAUUGGAAUAAAGGAUCACUAUUCUGAAAAAUGUGCCAACAGACCUGGAAGAUUGGUCAAGGAGGAAGAACAUAAGAAUAAGAGGAGGAAAACAAAAAGAAUUAACCUAGGGCCAAAAUUUAGAUAUCACAAGGUAGAGGGCACAAAAAAAGGGGGGUAACCCCUAAAUGGUGAAUAUCAUAGAGAAUAAACAAAAAAAGAAACAAAUGCCAUUCUACCUGUGUAUGAUUUACUGAGAAGAUUAUAGAUUAAAAAGUAACUUUUAAUAAAUAAAUCUAAAAUAAAAUAUAAAAAAAGAAUAAUAAUAUGAACAGCAGGAGUAAAUGGAGACUAUACAGCGAGUAAAACUCUGUGACUGCUUAUACAAGCUGUAAAAGUGUAUACAUAAUAACACUAAUGCUGAAGCAAUACUGUUUAGCUACAAUAUAACAGUGUAUUCCCAAGUAAUAGAAGUGAUACUAUAUUAUAUAUCACUAAUAGCUGUAACAAGAGGGGGGGAGAUAAGACAACUGCUAAACCAGUGCUGUCAAUAGUUAAAAGAUAUGGAUAAGUAAAUCCCUACAUGAUAGUACAACUAACGACACGGGUUAACUCCACAUACAAUAAUUGAUAAUGUUCUAUGGUGCUUAACCUCGGAAAGAUCAAAGAUAAUGGUUCAGCUAAGACAGAUUUCUGACAGACGGCGAUUAGCCAGUUAAAUAUCACAAAAGCUGCCUAGAUCAUAGCAGCAUUUUGAUAAUAAAUUAAAGAUUGCUGUCAAGCAGUAAAGUAUAAAAUAAGGGGUUGCUGACCUUCUGAUGAGCUUCACUGGCGAAACGUGCACGUCAGGGGCUCUGGACACUUACUGACACAUUAUUGGUGUAGGCACCUAACUCUCUGCUUAUCUAUUGCUAAAUUACCGACAUCAAGUUCAUUCAUGUCCAGCAUCUCAGGAGUGCAUAUUGGAGACUCUUAACACUAAUUUUGUGUGCUCUGUACAUACUUUAUUUCUCUUUCUUUUUCCUUUAUUAUGUUUAUGGGGGGAGAUUGAUAAGACCAGGCAUUUUAUUAAGGGGUGCCCUCGAAGGCACAAGACUCAGGAAUCUUUAUUCUAUAUGCCUUCCUCUGUCACUGUCUGUAUAUUUUCUACUACCUAGGCAACCUGUUCAAAAAACUGUUUGUAAACCCUCUCUUUAUACUUUGACCUAUUAUUUAGAUGCAGCUAGCAUUUAGGCAACUUGUGUGAUUUUUAACCGGUUAACUGCUACUACUUUGUGCUCCACUGUGGUCAAGCAUAAGUUAACAUCAUUCAGUGCAGGCAGCUGUUGUUACACUAGAAUAUACUGCUAGGCAUCUUGCAGAAAAAACGAAGCCAGGUCAGCAACCCCUUAUUUUAUACUUUACUGCUUGACAGCAAUCUUUAAUUUAUUAUCAAAAUGCUGCUAUGAUCUAGGCAGCUUUUGUGAUAUUUAACUGGCUAAUCGCCGUCUGUCAGAAAUCUGUCUUAGCUGAACCAUUAUCUUUGAUCUUUGUGAGAUUAACCCCUUUAGACCGGAGGGCGUACUAUUACGCCCUCUAAUAGGCGGCUCUAAACGCCGCCGGGCGUAAUAGUACGCCCUCCGGUCUUUCGGUACUUACCCGGUCGCCGGCGGUCCAACGCCGGCGGUCCCACGCCGGCGAUCGCGGUGGGGGGGACUCCCAGGGAGCCCCCCGCGGCAAGUCCGUCCUCCAGGAAGCCCCCCGGCCGUGUGAGAGUGGAGUCCUUGCGAGGACCCCACAAUCACAUGGCCGGGGAUAGCUGGCUUCUGCAUUGCCAGCAGGGGGGCUGCCUGUAAUGACAGGUGGUCCCCUUGCUGGCUGAAAAUAAAAGUAAAAUAAAUAAAUAGUGUAAAAAAAAAAUUAUAUAUACUUAGAUCAUAUAUAUAUAUAUAUAUAUAUAUAUAUGAUCUAAGUAUAUAUAUAUAUAUAUAUAUACACACAUAUACAUACACACACGUACACCGUCUAGGUGUAUUUUACUAUAUAUAUAUAUAUAUAUAUAUAUAUUUUAAUAUCAAAUUACACGUAGGCUGAUACUGAUUAAAUAUAUAUAUAAUUAUUGUUAUAUAUAUAUUUAUAUAUAUUAUAAAAAAAAUUAAAAUGUAAAUACGUUAAAAAAUAAAAUUAAAAAAAUAAUUAAAAAUAAAUAAUUAAAAAAUAUAUAGAUGUGUGUUAUUUCGUUCUAACUGUAUUGUGAAAUUAAUAUAUAUAUAUAUCAAAAUACACGUAGAAUGAAAUAUAUAUAUAUACAUAAAUAUAUACGUAUAUAUCACUAUAUAUAUACCUAUAUAUAAAUAAAAAUAUUUCUUUAAAAUUAUAUAGAUAUAUACAUAUAUACACAUACGUAUAUAUAUAUAUAUAUAUAUAUAUAUAUAUAUAUAUAUAUAUAUAUAUAUAUAUACAUACAUAUAUUAAUUCUACAUAUAUAUUUAUGUAUUAUUUUUACAUAAUUAGGUAUCUUAAUUAAAAUUAGCAGGACCUGCCUGACAACCCAUGCCGAAAGUAAAGGGAAUUUAAUUUGCUAACACUAUAUUUAACCCUAUAACUUACAAAACAGUAAAAUGUAUUACAACGAUGAUAUCGCCAGUAAAAGUGAUGCUUUUUGCAUUUUUCACGCACAAACAGCAUUACACAGACAAUAUUAUUGCUGUGAUACUUUUUACUGUUUUGAAACACAAAUAUUUGUGUUCAGCGAAGUCUCCUGAGUACAACAGUACCCCUCAUGUACAGGUUUUAUGGUGUUUUCAAAACUUACAGCGUCAAAUAUAAGGCUUGCGUUUCAUUUUUUUCACAUUAAAAUUUGCCAGAUUGGUUACAUUGCCUUUGAGACCCUAUGGUAGCCCAAGAAUGAAAAUGACCCCUAUGAUGGCAUACCAUUUGCAAUAGCAGACAACUCAAGGUAUUGCAAACAGGGUAUGUCCAGUCUUUUUUAGUAGCCACUUAGUCACAAACACUGGCCAAAAUUGGCGUUUUUUGCAUUUUUCACACACAAAUACUAACGCUAACUUUGGCCAGUGUUUGUGACCAAAUGGCUACUAAAAAAGACUGGACAUACCCCAUUUGCAAUACCUUGGGUUGUCUACUAUUGCAAAUGUUAUGCCAUUAUGGGUGUAAAUUUCAUUUCUCGGCUACUAUACAGUCUCAAAGGCAACGUAACCAAUCUGGCGAAUUUCAAUUUCAAAUGUAACGUGCUAUAUUUGACCCUGUAACUUCCCAAAACGCCAUAAAACCUGUACAUAGGGGGUACUGUCUUACACGUGAGACUUUACUGAAUACAAAUGUGUAUUUUAUUGCAGUAAAAGCAAACGGUAUUAUGACACUGACCGUUAAAAUGUCAUGUAGAACGAAUUUUUUUUUUUUUAAAUCGUAUUUUCUCCCAUUUUUUUCAUAUUAAAUUAUGUUUCAUAGCUAAAUAUUUGAUAUUGAAUGAAAGCCCUGUUUCCCCUGAAUAAAAUGAUAUAUAAUAAGGGUGGGUGCAUUUACUAUGAAAGAGGUGUAUUACGGUUGGACAGACAUGUAGCGCAAAUGCCAGGUUUUGUUUACAUUUUGUUUUGUUAACAACGUGUACAUUUGGCUCCGUCCUUAAGGGGUUAAGCACCAUAGAACAUUAUCAAUUAUUGUAUGUGGAGUUAACCCAUCUCGUUAGUUGUACUAUCAUGUAGGGAUUUACUUAUCCAUAUCUUUUAACUAUUGACAGCACUGGUUUAGCAGUUGUCUUAUCUCCCCCCCUCUUGUUACAGCUAUUAGUGAUAUAUAAUAUAGUAUCACUUCUAUUACUUGGGAAUACACUGUUAUAUUGUAGCUAAACAGUAUUGCUUCAGCAUUAGUGUUAUUAUGUAUACACUUUUACAGCUUGUAUAAGUAGUCACAGAGUUUUACUCGCUGUAUAGUCUCCAUUUACUCCUGCUGUUCAUAUUUUUCUUUUUUAUAUUUUAUUUUAGAUUUAUUUAUUAAAAGUUACUUUUAAAUCUAUAAUCUUCAAAGUAAAUCAUACACAGGUAGAAUGGCAUUUGUUUCUUUUUUUGUUUAUUCUCUAUAAGAAUAAGAGGAGUUCCAGAGUCAGUCCUACAUGAUCAGCUUGGUCAAUAGCAAGAUCCUUAUUCUUUACACUAAUGCCAUCUCAUCAUCUAGAAGAAUAUCCUUAUGAAAGAUUUAAUCAUCUAUGUAAACCUAAAAAUAUCCUCUUGACUUCUCCUAGGGACAUUGUCAGAUUCUUAAUUGGCUUUACUAAGAACCUUAUUAUGCAAGCCGCUCAGAAGACAUCACUUCAAGAUUCACAAUAUCAAGCCAGAAGAAAGCUUUGGUGACCUAACAUUAACCUUUAGAUCUAAUAAUAUUCAUUAUAAAUGUAAUUUUCCAGUUGCCUUGAUGGUGUCCUAUCAAAGUACAGUCCUUCUUCUUCAAAGAUCCUAUUUCGGCAAAUAAAUUACUCAAACUUGGCAAUUACAUAACUGAAGAAUUGUAUUUAGUUUUUUGUUUGUUUGUGAUUCUUUUCCGUUAAUUGAAAUGUUGAUUAUCUAAAAUUUCUAUAUUGCAGUUUUGCUAUUAAGAAACACAAAGUCAUGGAUAUAGUUUAAACUCUAUAUACUGAGGUACUUUAAUUUUUUAUUUUUUUUAUAUGUGUUAUAUUGAUAUUUUAGUUGAAGAUACCUAUAUGAUUCACUAAUUUCUGCUAAAUUUAAAAUAAGCUAAAAUUAUUAUUUUUACUCACUUAUAAAAAUAACACUUAAUAUUUAUAAUGUUAAGGCUUAGUAAUACACUCUUACUAUAAUGUUGAUAUUUAGACACUAGAGGUUAUACAUGUAAACUGAAUUUCUACAUCCAUGUACUUUAAUAUUUUUUUUUCUACCUGCAAUCUUGAUAAUUUAAGAUAAUUCUGAUUGUGUGAGUAAUUUUCUGUAUAGCAUUUUCCUUAAGCAAGAUUAUACAUAGAGCAUUAUUUUCUUUUCUAUAUUUUUUUGGGGGGGGGUUAUUUGGACCUCACCUUGUUGUGAAGUUGAGCUACAAUACCACCAUAUAUACCUGGAUUUGAAAAACUUGGUGUGCUGCUUUCUCCACAGAUAUUGACUGUAUUUAUUGGAUAUUGCAACUGCGUGCGAUUAUCUUGCAAGUAGUACCCCACUUAUACCUUUUGGACUUUUUAAAAAUUGUUUUAAGUUCAAGAUAUCUUGGCCUGUGAAUUAAUUCUGAGUGGUUUAUCAUAUUUUAUAACUUUGGCACAACCUUUUAUAUUGUUGUUUUGUUGCUCAUAGUUUUGGGGGCAAGAGGAAACCCCAUAUCCUGAGGAAUGCUACCUCUAGUCUUUUGUCUGGUUAUUCAGCGCUGAUCCACUUUUCUUUUUCACUUUGUAUUAAUGCACUUUAAUAUUUAUUUUUUGUUUGCACUUCAAUUCCUCUAGCUGCAAUGUUGCUUAUUUAAGAUACGAAGUCUUAAAGAGAUAUAUAUAUAUAUAUAUAUAUAUAUAUAUAUAUAUAUAUAUAUAUAUAUAUAUUUGUGUUUGGGGCAUUCUCAUAUGAUAUAAAAUUAGAUGGGUUGUAGAGUAGAGAUGUCACGAACUGUCCGCCGAACUGUUCGCGAACUGUCCGCCGGCGAACAAUAGCGUGUUCGCGUUGGGCGAACAUAUCCGAUUUCCGGUCCGCCCCCUAUACGUCAUCAUUGAGUAAACUUUGACCCGGAACAUCACAGCCAGCAGACACAUUCCACCCAAUCAGCAGCAGACCCUCCCUCCCAGGAAGUGUCUGCUGACUGUGAGGUUCCGGGUCAAAGUUUACUCAAUGAUGACGUAUAGGGGGCGGACCGGAAAUCAGAUAUGUUCGCCCAACACGAACGCGCUAUUGUUCGCCGGCGGACAGUUCGGUGGACAGUUCACGACAUCUCUAUUGUAGAGAUGUAGCUUUAGGAAUAAUCAGUUGAGGUGUGCUGAAACCGACGUAUGCUGUAGGCUGGUAAAAAGUGGGCAAAAAGAGACAUAUUAAUGCAAAACAUUAUACAGGAUCAUAGUGCAUUUGUUAACCAUCAGGUAUACAUUUUAAUGAAACCUUCCUAAUUCCUGAAUCGGCUGUGGUAUGUAAGUCACAUAAGCCUAUGAUUCUCAGCGGCCCCGUGUCUUAACGUGUGCGGGGAUGUCUUGGCUAUAGGCCGUGGAGGCUGCUCCUAUCCUAAAGGAGUUCCCUGAGUAGUCGCAAGGAUUUAGUUCGAGCCCGGUGAAUGAGUAGGUGGACAUAGUGCAUGAACUUACCUGUGGUAAGGACAGUAUCAUACAGCGACAGUAAUGGUUCAGUGGUGCGUAUGGUGGCGUGCCCAAGGAUGCAACCAGUACCUUAACCGGUCAUCCAGCAUUGCUUGUAAGGUAGUAGGUUAUAUGCACUGGCUCGCCAUUCUGACAUGUCAAAGUUUUAGGAAGGGACUGGACAUAGUGGUCUGUGUGUUUUAGAAGAUAAGAGGUCAACAGGCACUGUUGUUUAUGAUGUUGGCCGCUGAUAGUGAGUUAUUUUUUAGCCUGAGAAAGCCGUUAAAGGCUAGAUAGGUAGCAGUUUUGAUAACUGCAUGGCUCGGAAGGUGCAUGGCCGAGUAGUUCUGACAUGGUUUGAACAUUGUAUGUCUAUGGCCAGUAUUUCGUUUUAGUGGGAAAGUCCGCUUGGCUAUGUCUCUAAGUAAGGUAUGGAGGGGGUAGGAGGAUAGGAACCCUUGUUGUUUGGGAAGGAGAAAUACAUAUAGUGUUGAAUGCCCGUAUGAUAAGUUUAACUGUGUUGUGCGAUAAUUUUUAACUUAAGGUGGCAAAAGGAGGUGGAGGCCAUAAGUAGUGAAACCUCAAACCAGCUAUCUAAGUGAUGGUCCGACAAACGUAUUGUAUAAGUGGAAAACCCUGUUGCAAGCGUGUUGAGUUCUGGUGGACAAGGCCAGUUUUGUCAGAGCCCAGCUAUGUUGGUGAGGUUCAUGUAAUCCAUGACCUUGACCAUAAAUGACCCCCCUGCUAUGGCGGCUGUCACGGCAUCUGCCACAAUAGUUUACCAUUACGUGUGGUUAAGAAAGUCCACCAUAUGUUAAGGUCUGCCGUGGCUUGGUUGUCUAGGGACAGCACCUGAUCAUCAUGCGGGAGUGUGGAAAAAGCAAAGUGGUCUUAGAUGAAAGUGCGGCCUGCGGUAUGUUGUGCAUGGCAAAAUUUAAGGAACCUGGUAGGGAUUGUAGUUCCAUUCAGUUGCAAUACCAAGCAGGAAGUGGUAAUUUGGUGUUGUUGCGACUGUUCCUAUUUCUCACGUGGUAACUUGUUGGCAUGGAUGCAGAGUCAAGUUGUGUGCCCAGGAAUGUAACUAUAGUGUCUGGGUCUUCUGUGACCUUAGGGAAUACUGGGUCACCCAAGUGUUCAGACAUACUAAUGGCUUCCUUGAAGCUUCUAGAGGGAAAGGCGUUCCCUUUGACCAACAAGAAAUCAUUUCGUAAGUGUAUGACUGUGGGGCAUCUGGAUAUGUUUAACCACAACCAGCAAAGAGUUCAUCAAAUAUAUUGAAGAUUGUGAGCUGCUCUUGACCCGAAAGUCAAGCGGGAGAAGAAAUAUAUAACUGCUGCCCAUAAAUGGAUGGUGGCAGUCUGAAAUGCGUUUGUGAUAUCAGUUUUACUUAACCAGGCUUCCCCCCCUGCUUGAGUGAUAGCUGUAAUGGUAUGAACAAUGGUGGAAUACUGUAAUGAAAACUCCUCGGAGGGUAUGAGGGAGUUGAGACUUGGGGUAGCCAAGGCGUGAGGUGCAGAUAAGUCUAUGAUCAGUUACAGUGUGAGGGAAGAUUCCCUGUGACAAUCCCAAUGGGAUUGUGCCACGCUGUAAAUCGUAGAGGCCCAGGUAGAAAUCUUUCUGCCAUUUCUUGGGCCAUGAGUGUAAUGCCAGCUGUUGGAUGCUGCUGUGAUGACUGCAAGUUAAGGCAUUCUAGAUUCCCCCAAAAGUAUAUGGCAAUACCUGUACGGAAGGCCUUUAAAAUUCAGAGAUUAGGAAAUCAACUAAAUGUCUGGAAGGGUGAUGAGUUAGAAAGUACUGGAAAUGCAUAAUGUUUACAGACGUGAAGUAAGGUACAGGGUACAUUUAUUGGGACACAUGGUUUGCAUGUGCCCUGAAAUAUUGAGAACAUAUCUGCAACAGUCUGCAUGCACUGAAACUACAUGUGCCAACAUGGAAAUUGUUGCAAAUCUGGGAUUUGCCAAAGAGAAUGAGAUGACCCAAUUUGUCUCUGGUAGUUCUCUAUGUACUACCAGAAGUUCUAGAGCCUGGAGCCUGAAACGUGAUCGUCCGCUGUGUUGGGACAAAAUUGUCGUGUGGGACUAGCAACAUCUUCUCCAAGUGAAAGUGUGUUGACUCUAGCUGGAGUGUUAGGUAGAGAGAAAAAUCCUUACCACCUGCUUGAUACAUACUAAAAACAUGAAGAUAGCCAUUAUUAUAUGAACCCACAGUGACUUGCUAGCUAAAGCCGCAUGGCGAAACAAUUAAUCCAUUGUUUGGUGACAGGUGAGGCCCUGCUAGUUGCCAAGUGGCUUGAGAGGCUCCAUCCAUGCAAUGGCGCAAGGGGAUUUUUGUGGCCACCAAACAUAUUGGCAGGAUGUUGGCCUCUCGGUGACUGUAACCAGAAAAAAGGGGAAGGGAGUGACAGGUGAGGCCCUCUCUAUAUACCAUGCGAGGUGGCUAGCUCACGAGUGGCCCGAUGGGUGUUUGCCUCCGAGCGUUGAGGCGGGGUGUUGGCCUCGCGGGACCACUAUACAACAGGCGUAGAUGCCAAGAAAGGAGAAUACCUAUGAGAAACCUAUAGUUCCUAAUUGCCAGUACGCUAAGGAUAUACCCAGGGGGAAACAGAAAAUGUAUGUAUAAACCACAUGAGCAGGUGUAUGUACCUGGUAGUAUGAUUAGAUACCCUUACUGGUCGUAAGGGUUAUUAAAACCUGUGUCCCGGACGGGUAAAACAAUGUAUGAAAAUUGAAUAAAGACAUUUAAAAGCGUAUACCCAUAUGUGUGUUAUGCAAGUUUAAUAGAGCAAAGUGCUCCAUCCCAAUGUUUAUUGUAUGCUUGUAAUGCCCCUGUUUGAAGGAAAUUAACAAGUCGGGAGUGUUAUAUCAUGUGUGAUAUGGAAUACUACGGUACCCUGAAACAUGAGUGUAGUGAAGGAUGACUGGCAGCUGAAUAACCUAAUAUGUGAAAAUACGUAAUUGGAAGGACUUAUAUUUUAAGUGUGCAAACAUGCAAAUAUUCUGUAUUAGACUCUGAAAUCCUGCAUAGUGCUUUAAAUAGUAUGUGCAUUCUUGGGUAAAUGUAUGUGUAUUGUCAGCAAAUGUAACUAAAUGCCUAUGUAGGCAGGUAUGCAGGAAAGAUUAUAUCAUAGCAAGCAUGAGUUGUAAGGAAGUGUUAUUGUGUAAUUAUAAUUUUAGUGGGAAUGUUAUGAGGGGAAUAACCAUAUGUCUGAAAAGCCUGUAGUAGACAGUUUGACAGAUAGGAGUCAGUAUAACAGCGAAAAUGCUAUAGUUUGUUUGCUUAUGAAGUGAAAUAAAGUCUGAGAAGCCUGUAGUAUACCGAUUGACCAGUAGGGGUCAGCAUGUAGGCGAAAAUGCAGUGGUUCGUUUGUUUGUACAUGAAAUUCAAUAAUGUCUGAGAAGCCUGUAGUACACUGAAUGACCGGUAGGGGUCAGUGUGUAGGCGCAAAUGCAGUGGUUCAUUGAUUUGUACAUGAAAUGCGAUAAUGUCUAAGAAGCCUGUAAUACUACAAAAGACCGGUAGGGGUCAGUGUGUAGGCGGAAAUGCAGUGGUUCAUUGAUUUGUACAUGAAAUGCAAUAAUGUUUGAGAUGCCUGUAGUACACCAAAUGACCGGUAGGGGUCAGUGUGUAGGCGCAAAUGCAGUGGUUCGUUGGUUUGUACAUGAAAUGCAAUAAUGUUUGAGAUGCCUGUAGUACACCAAAUGAUCGGUAGGGGUCAGUGUGUAGGCGCAAAUGCGGUAGUUCAUUGGUUUGUACAUGAAAUGCAAUAAUGUUUGAGAUGCCUGUAGUACACCAAAUGACCGGUAGGGGUCAGUGUCUAGGUGAAAAUGUAGUGGUUCGUUAGUUUGUACAUGAAAUGCAAUAAUAUCUGAGAAGCCUGUAGUACACUGAAUGACGAGUAGGGGUCAGUGUGUAGGUGAAAAUGCAGUGGUUUACUGGUUUGUACAUGAAAUGCAAAAACGUCUAAGAAGCCUGUAGUACACGAAUGACCGAUAGGGGUCAGUGCGUGGGUGAAAAAUGCAGUGGCUCGUUGGUUUCUACAUGAAAUGCAAUAAUGUCUAAGAAGCCUGUAGUAUACCAAAAGACCGGUAGUGGUCAGUGUGUAGGCGAAAAAAGUUGUAUUUCGUUUGUAGUUUUAACCGAAUAGAUUUUAACCAAAACAGAUUUUAAACAACAGAUUUUACAUGAACAGCUAGGUGAGUAUAAGGAAACGAAAUAACCAUGCAAAACGAAAGGAAACCGUGAGGACCCAUGCUGUCCUGGCGCAAUAGGUGAGUCAACUUACGGUUUGAGAGUCCCUGAGACACCAAAUGCGAUGCUGACCGGAGAGAAAGCCACUGGAUUAACAGAAAGCCCUGCUGCAGGAUUCCUGGACACAGCUUGGAGUAGGAGACCUCAUGGAGCAGAGGUGAAACCAAAAUGGCGUCUUGUAUGACCUGGAAGUGGAUCUCAUGCAAAUGCUGACCUUGAACAGUCUAUUCGUCUGACCAACAAAGGUAAGUACACACAGGUAUUUUACACUCUCCAAAAGAAAGCCAGCACCCAAGGACUUCAACAUUAUUUUUACUAUUUAUGACACCCCACUCCCUCCCCUUCUCUAACAUCAGUUUUUUUAAGUGGUAAACUCUAUCAGAUUGAUUAGUAUUGCUUCAGACCUGAAGAAGAGAGGAAAGCUCUCGAAAGCUUGUCUUUUAACUAUUACGUUAGUCCAAUAAAAAAGGUAUCAUUACUCUGGUAUUUUGGCAAUAUAUAUAUAUAUAUAUAUAUAUAUAUAUAUAUAUAUAUAUAUAUAUAUAUAUAUAUAUAUAUAUAUACACACAUACAUAUAUAUACACACACAUAUACAUAUACACACACACACACAUACAAACAUACAUACAUACUCUCCAAAAGAAAGCAAGCACUCAAGGACUUCAACAUAAAAUAUGUAGGCUUUAAUCCAAGCAGUAAGUCAACGUUUCAGUUCACUACAGUGAACUUUCCUCAGGACAUAAACAGCGUAUAUUAAAGCAUUUUUAAGAAAAACUAACUUACCCAACCUCCAUCACCUAUGUGCUGGCGUCGACUGCUCCCCUGUGCACAUGCAUGCGAUCAGGCUCCUCCUCCUGUGAUUUUGAUAAAAUCUAGCAUUUUGGAUUUGAUCUUCAAUUCAAAUAUAGCUUCUAUUGUUUUAUCAGAUCACUCUCCUGUUUUCAUUAAUAUUGAAGGUAAUUCAAAUUUUAAAUUAAGAAAUAGAUUAAAGUUUACUUGCUAAAGAUAUUAACAUUUUAGAAAUUGCUUCUGAUUUGAACAAAUUUAUGUUAAUAAAUGUUAAUGGAGAAGUCCUAAUAUCUACAGUUUGCUGUACAUUUCAAAGUUAUGCAAGUGGCUUAUUAAUAAAAAAGGGCUCUAGACUUAAGAAAAAAAAGAAGCCUCACUUUCUGAACUGUACAUUAAUAUAUCUGAAAAUGUAAGAAUUAACCAGACAAAUCAGGAAAAUUGAGAGAUUAAAAAGGUAUUAAGAUUAAAACAUUUGAGAAUAUUAAUAAGUCUAUUCUAUUUCUCAAACAAAAAUGGUAUCACAACAACAAUAAAAUCAGUGAAGUCCUUUCAAAUAGGUUAAAAUAGGUUUACAAAAGAUUAGACUAUUAAAACAAUUUUGUUUGGAGACAAAAUGUCUGACAACCCCAAAAUAUAUGUUUUAAACCUUUUGAUUUGUAUGCAUCGCUUUAUCAUUUGGAAGAGGUUGAUGCCACUACUGAAGAAACAGUUAACUACCUGGAGAGUUUAGAUUUACCUAAGAUUUCACAAGAAAAACUCAAUAAAUGCUCCUUCUACAAUCUCAGAACUUAGUAAUAUGAUGAAAAACCUUAAAACUAAUAAUACUCCAGGUCCAGGUGGCUAUACAGCUAUAUUCUAUGAAAAAAAUAUCUACUUUUAGAAACAUUUUUGGACUAUGUUGAUUGUUUCUAUAAUUUCGAUCCCUAAGCCAGGGAAAGAUUCCACUCUUAUGGUUAAUUAUAGACCAAUUUCUCUAACCAAUAUGGAUGCUAAAGUUUUUUUCACAAAUUCUUUCUGAUAGGCUGAAAUUGUGUAAGCCCACUUGUACUUACCUUAGCGGUCCGCCGAUCUACUGACGCUGAGAUCCAGCAGACUGCCGCUCCCACGCAGAAUGAGGCUCCAAUCAGCCUCGUAGACGCUGUCCGCUGUGUGCCUGCCCCCUUUUAUGAUGUGGCACACCCGUGCCAGUGUCAUGAUGUCAGUGGAGCUCUAAUCAAUAGAGCUUAGCACACUUGCACGUUUUGUGGGCAUGGUUAUGUGAAAAAUGGAACUAGAAAAGGAUGCCCAUAUGCUCCUCUACUUUACAUCCUUACCAUAGAAUCUUUAGCAAUAUUGAUUAGGAAAAAAAACAGAGAUCCAGGGUCUAAAAAUAGCUCGAAGAGUUGCUUCUAACCUUGACGAACCCUUUGAUUUCAAUACCACAAGUUCUGAAUGUUCUCAAACUUAUAAAUUCUCUAAUAUAAGAUUUAUUUUCUAAAAAAACCCUCAAAUCUUAACAUCAAGUUUGACAACAAACAAGAUUGAUAUUCUUAAAAGUUAUUAUCAUUUUGAUUGAAAUAGAGCAGUGAUGGCUAACCUUGACACCAUAAAUUGUUUCUGGACUACAUCUCCCAUUAUGCUCAGUUAGCUUUUAGACUCUAAAAGCUAGCUGAGCAUCAUGGGAAAUGUAGUCCAGAAACAAUUUAUGGUGUCAAGGUUAGCCAUCACUAGAAUAGAUAAUACAUUGGAUACUUUGGAAUUAAACUUUCUUUCAAUAUACCCAAAUCGAUUCAACAUAACUAUGAAGUAUUGUAUAAAACAUUUAAAAAACAACUAAAUAAUUGGAGAAAAAUUGAGAUUUCAUGGUUGUGGCAUUUGAAUAUAGUUAAAGCUUAUUUAAUGCCUAAGCUAUUAUAUGGUUCAUUACCAUUUAUACUUAACAAUUAGUCAAUGUCAGACCUUAUUCUCUAAAUUCAUCUGAACCAAUAAACAACCUAGAAUCUUUCCAAAAUAUUCUACAAAAAAGUCUAUGCUAGAGGAGGAAGUUAAUUCCCAGACAUUAUUAAACUAUAUGAUGCCUGCAUAAUUUCAAACCUAAUGCUAUGAAAUAAUUGAACAUUCAAGAUAAUGCUUGGUAUGCCAUUGAACAAGAUACCUGCCCUUAAUAUAAAUUAUAUGAUAUAUAUUGAUCAGAUUUGUCCAAGAGUAAAAAACUAAAUGUUCUUCCAAACAGAAUAAUUGAAGAUAUGUUUCUUACUUUGAAUUUGCUAAAAAAAAAAAAAAAAACUAGAAUUAAAUAAUAGUAUUUCUUCAAUAGCGUCAAUAGAUAUGUCGCAAUAUAAUAUCAUUAAAGUUAAUAUUUGUAACUGGAAACAAUGUGGUAUCUCUAAAAAUAUAGUAUUAUCUCUUGUGACUUUUCCUGUAUUACAAUCAAAAUAUAAUUAACCUUCAAGAGAAAUGAUCAUUUAAAGAAUUAAAAAAGUUCCAAAUUGAUAUUAUUUUAUAAUUUUCUUAAUUCUUUUAUGGAAAAAAAUGGGAUUUAAAGCUUGAUUUCCAGAUCUAUUUAUCUUUUAGAUAGCAAUGAACCUACAACUAAAAUCCCUUCUAGUUUAAAAUGGGAAAAUUACCGUAAAAUUUCCUGUCUUCUGUAUCAAUCAACACUUUAAAUAAAGCGAAAAAGUUGCUUAAAUAUGCUUUACAGGUGGUUAUAGUGAAAUUGCAUACAAUUUCAAAUAUUAAUUCACCUAUUUGUUGGAGAUGCAAGAGAGCUAUAGGAACCAAGUACAUAUAUUGUAGAAUUGUGACAUGCUAGAAGAAAUUAAAAAUCUAUUCUUUUCCUCACAAAUUUUAUUAAUUUAAGGAACAGCAUAGGUUAAAAAAAAUGCAUAGCCUUCCCCUCCUCCCACCCCCAAGAUGUACUCAAUUUAAAUUACACCAUACAGACACUAGAACAUACAUAUAAUAUGUACUACCCACUGUAAACGUCUUCCCCUCUAUCCCCUGUAAGCUCUACUCUCCUGGUAUAUCCUGCAUAUCCUAGGUGGGGAUAAUACCCCCAACGCUCUUCAUACCAGAGCAGGCCAUUGCUCUGCAUAUUGCAAGUAGGAUACCAUUUUUUAUCCUUUACUUUGUGUGUGUGUGUGUGUAUGUAUAUAUAUAUAUAUAUAUAUAUAUAUAUAUAUACACACACACACACACACACACACACACACACACACACACUAUACCAUAAGACCUUUCUAUUGUGUUUUCUCAUAUAUACUGGACGGAAAGAACUAUCAAACAAAGCUACAAAUAUCCAUAGACAGGGCUUGUACCAUCCAGGCACAUUACAGCAGAGCUCUUAGCAACAUUGUCUAUUGUGAGUUUGCACACUAUAUUUCUACCUCAAAGUUUAAAUAACUGUUACAUAUUGCACUAUUGUUUGUCCAUUUCUGUUUCCUACAAGGUUUCAGAAACCAUCCUACCUUAUCGUAUGUAGAUUGAAUCUACUGAUGUAAUUAUAUUUUUUAUGUUAUAUAUUUCUGCUAUAUCUUAUUGCUGUUGAGGUGCAGUCUAUCACCUUGCUUGUUAUCAGUUUUGUCAGUGAGAUUUUGGGAAUUCUAGCAGAUUUACUGCUGCCCACCAACCUACCUUGUUUGUAGUGAGAGCUUAGUCCUAUCUCUAUCUGUUACAACUUACCAACAAGUAACUUACAUACACCCUGUUCCAAAUUAUUAUGCAAAUUAUAUUUCUCAUUUACCUAAAUAACUGAUGUAAAAACCAGUCAGCAUAAUUCUCAUGUUAUCAACUAUUAAGAGUACAAUUCAAAUUUUAUUGAACAAACCUCCGAUGUCAGAAUAGCCUCCCAGAGCUGCUGUUUGGAUGUAAACUGCCUCCCACCCUCAUAGAUCUUUUGCUUGAGGAUGCUCCAAAGGUUCUCAAUAGGAUUGAGGUCAGGGGAGGAUGGAGGCUGUGGCGGAACAGGCCUCGCCACUUGUUCUUGGAGGGGGCUGCUUGCCUGCCUCCUACCUUCUGACUAUGGCCCUGGGAUAUAUGGCAUUUGAAAACUCUAUUUGUGCCCUGUGACAAAACUGGAGAUUGUGCACAAAUAUGACUAUUGUCCAUAUUUUUUAUGAUUACCUUCAUUGUUGCACUGUUCCCCAUGUGUUUAAUCUGUUGGUCCGGCUGGAUAGACUACCAGACAAACUGUGGAGUUACUGGGCGGCCACCAUUUCAUCUAUCAGAGGCACAUGGUGAGAACAAUGGAUGAUUUUAACUCACAGACACUGUUUGGACUUUUCUACACAAUGCCAUCUCGCCGGUAUUUGGUGCACAAAGACAUUGUGCAGUAGUUUUAAACAAUACAACAGGGGACACAUUAUACAGUAAUUAUUUUCCAUAUAGCCUGUACAUGUUCUGCGGAAUCUGCACUAAACUGUAUCUCCCAGACUACUGAAUGGAUCUGAGUGAAUUUUGGAUAUGUGGUUCACCCAGAUCCCCCGGUUCCGAUGAUAUACUUUUUAUAUUUUUAUGGUGUUAUUGCAUGUUUUGGGCUCCCUGUGAUAUGUUUUAUAAUACUGUAUUGCUCUGCCUGUGAUAAUUAUAUUAACCAUUGUGUUCAGUAAUCAUAUCACAGGCAGAGGGGAGGAUUUUGUGUGGGAGUGUCUGUGUGUAUUAUACGGAUUGAUUGGUUGUAUUUCAAAACCCUUUGGUCAGUACUAUGUUUGUGGAUUGUGAAUAAAAGAGGCUGUAUGUGCCAGUACAGUCAGUUCUGCUUGACCUCAAAACGAAGUGUCGUCUCGUUAUUGGGGGAAUUGGAUUGUAUGCUGAUUGCCAGGAGUGUAAACUGAUUGUAUGCUUUUCCUGUUCAGCUAUUUACAGCAUUCAUAUGCUUGAGAGCAUUCGUAUGCUUCUCCGGUUUGGUGGUUGUGGUGUCUGCUGCAGUGCUUGGAGUCCUCAGGAAGCGCUAGGAGCAUCCUUCAACGGAGGUACCCAGUCGGAGUGCCAGGUGAUCCAUUACAGAGGUCACACCAUAACUUUCCCUCUUUUUAUCCCCACAGCAGCCAUUGAUGCAGAGGUAUUCUUUGCAGCAUGAGAUGGUGCAUUGUCAUGCAUGAAGAUAAUUUUAUUACGGAAAGCGUAGUUCUUCCUUCUGCACCAGGGAAGAAAGUGGUCAGUCAGAAACUCCACAUACUUUGCAGAAGUCAUCUUUACGCCUUCGGGGACCCUAAAGGGGCCGACUAGCUCUCUUCCUAUGAUUCCGCACCAAAACAUGACUCCACCACCGACCUUGCUGCCGUCGCAGCCUUGUUGGAACAGGGUGGCCGUCCACCAACCAUCCACUACUCCAUCCAUCUGGACCAUCCAGGGUUGCACGGCACUCAGUGAACAGGACUGUUUGAAAAUUAGUCUUCAUGUAUUUUUCUGCCCAAUGCAGCUGUUGUGAGCAUUGGUUAGUGGUGGCCGAAUAGAAGGUUUAUGCACAGUUGCAAGACUCUGGAGAACUCUACACCUUGAUGACCAUGGGACUCCAGAGGCACCAGCUUCAAAUAUCUGUUUGCUACUAUGUAAUGGUAUUUUAGCAGCUGCUCUCUUGAUCCGAUGCAUGGAUCUGGCAGAAAUCUUCCUUAAUGUGCCUUUAUGUUACGCUACUUGGGGUGAUUUGGAUUGGAACUCAACUGCAGCUUGUAAACCUCCCUAAUUACAUUAGUGAAGAUACAGAGAAACUUUAAAGUAUCAAUACUGUAGCUUUAAGAAAAGAGGGAAUCGCUGGUAACUUGAUUCAAACGAAGUUUUAAUAAGUGUUAAACUUAAAUGAAUUGCAUUUACGCAAUAAUCCAAUAAGAAGAAGUGCAAGUAAUCAACAACACAAAGUUCAUUAAUAAGUACUUCCUCAGAGAAGCAUUAAGUAAAAUUCUAUGGUUAAUGAGAAUAAUCUUCAACAGAAACAUUAAGCAAGUAGCUGAGAAUAUUUGCAAAACAAGAACAGUCCAUAGUUAAUAAGCAUAAUGGGAGUUGUCCUCCAUAUAAUUAGUAGCUUGAAGCACUGAGUGUAUUUGCAAAGCAAGAAACAGUUCAUAGUGAAUAAGCAUGAUGGGAGUUGUCCUCCAUAUAAUUAGUAGCUUGAAGUAGUGAAGAUUUGAGUAAGCAAGCAUAAGUUCAUUAUUAAAUGAGAUUGCAGCAUAAAUUCAUUAUUAAAUGAGAUUGCAGACAAAUAGAUGAAAGAUAUACUUAAGGUUAAUAUGAGUAGUCCUCCAAUAGUUCAGAGAUAAGGUCCACUUGUAAAGUAAGUGAGUUUCCGUUCUCCAGCAAUCCUCUAUGACAUGAAGUAUACUUGUCUAGCCCAGAAGGCUAGGACGACUUCAGAGCUUGAAGAGGCGGCGUGUCCCAGGAGCCGGCGUGCAUACUCGGAAGUAGGACCCACAUUGCCAGAACCUGUGGAGAGGUAAGACUGGCGGAAGUAGCUCCCAGUAUCACCAAGCACCCUCUCUCUGGUGCAGUCUCCCUAAAUACCGUCAGAGCUGCGUCAGAGGGGGGCGGGGUCCAGCUCCGCACAGCGGAGUGCCGAACCCAGAAGUGUCACCGCAUGACAGGACCCCCCACCUAAGGAGCACACUCCGGGUGCUAUUAUCUCGAUUUUUGAGGGAAUCUUCUGUGAAAGGCAGUAAUCAACUUCCUUGCAUGUAUUUCAGAGGAAUUCUCCCAGGUGUUAUCUUCUUCUCCAUAACACUUCCAUUUAAUAAGGUACUGCAAGUUACCUCUAUGAAGUCUGGAGUCAAGAAUUUUGUCUAUUUCAUAUUCCAAUUCUCCUUGUACUUCAAUGGGGUCAGGCCUUGACAAUUGUUCCCUCUGGAAGGGAUCUGGAAGAAAAGACUUAAGGAGUGAAACAUGAAAAACAGGAUGAAGUUUAAGUGAUGGAAGUUUCAAUUUCACAACAUUUUCAUUUAUAAUAGAUUCAAUUUGAAAAGGUCCAAAAAAAAGAGGACUUAGUUUCUUAGAAGGACGGUUAGUAGAAAUAUUUUUCGAAGACAACCAAACAGUGUCACCAAUUUUAUAUUUAGGAGGAGCUCUCCUUUUAACAUCAUAAUUGCGUUCAUAUAAGGACAUAGAACUUUCAAGGUUUUUCUUUAAUUGCUUGAAUAAUGAGGACAUUUCCAUAUUUUGAGACAAAACCAUUGGAUUAGAAGUUAUCUUUGGAGUAUCAGGAAACAAGGAGGGAUGGAAUCCAUAAUUUGAAAAGAAUGGAGUCAUUUUGCUGCUUGAAUGUAUGGAGUUAUUAUAGGCAAAUUCAGCCAUUGGUAACCAAUUACUCCAGUCAUCUUGUAAAUACAUACAGUAACAAUGAAGGUAUUGUUCCAAACAUUGAUUGACUCGUCCUGUUUGGGGAUGGUAUUCUGAAGAGAGUUUACAUUGGAUUUGAAGUAAAGAACACAUUUCUUUCCAAAAACGUGAAGUAAAUUGAGAACCUCUGUCUGAGAUUAUUUCUUCAGGGAAUCCAUGUAAUUUGAUUAUAUUGUCAAUAAAAACUUUGGAAAGUUCAGAGGAUGAGGAUAACCUUUUCAAAGGAACGAAAUGUGAAAUUUUUGUGAAACGGUCUACGACAUCAAGGAUGGUAGUGAAUUUCUGAGAAGGAGGGAGUUCCACCAUAAAGUCCAUAGAAAUAGAUUGCCAAGGUCUCUCAGGUACUGGUAAUCCAGUCAAUAAUCCAUAAGGAAGGUGACAUUCAGCUUUGGACCUUUGACAAACUGGAAAAGACUUUACAUAAGUUUCAAUGGUUUUGUCUUGACAAGGCCACCAAUAUUGUCUAGUAGAGAGUUCAAUUGUCUUUUUUAUCCCAGGAUGUCUAGCAAGGGGGGAAUCAUGAAUUAAUUUUAAAAAGGUUGUUUCGGAGUUUUGGAGGAAUGUAAAUUCUAUUUUUGAAUUAAAAGAUUCCAUCUUUUUUGAGCAAUUUUGGAGUAGAAGGUAGUUCAAGUUCUUUGAGAGAUAAUUGUUUCAGUUCAUUCAAUACUUUUAUUGUUUGAUAAUAUUGAGAAAGUUUUCUUUCUUGAAGAAGGAUUGCAAGGAAUUCUGGAAAGAGCAUCAGCUUUUUUGUUACAAGAUCCAGGUCUUAAUUUUUUCCGACUUAAUUGAAGUAUAGGAAUCUGUGGAAGGCAAUUAUCCUUACAAUAUUCUGAAUCAAAGGUGAGAAAAGGGAGCCCAACGAAUGAAGGGAUUAUGAGUUUGUAACCAGUUGAUACCCAAGAUGACUGGAAAAAGAGGAGAUUUUAUUAUAUCAAAAACAAGAAAUUCUGAAUGGUUAUUAUUGACAAUUGUCCUGAUAGGAAUAGUUUCAUUUUAUAUAGGACCAGAAGGGAUUAAAGAUCCAUCAAUAACUCUGAUGGAGAUAAAAGAUGCUUUUUUCACAUAAGGAAUUUUAUUGGUUUCAACAAACGAAGAGUCUAUGAAUAUUCCAGUAGCACCAGAAUCUAUAAUAGCUUCAGUCUUGAUUCUCUCUUUGUCCCACUGUAAAAUUAGAGGUACAGCGAACUGAUGAGAGCAGGAAGAAGGAAGUGUUUUCAGAAUUGAGGUAUUAUUUUAAGUUUUCCUCCUUUAGCGCAUUUUAAUAGAUGACAUUCUUGCAAAAGAUGGUCCUUAGAAGCACAGUACAUACAGAGAUUUAAUUUUCUUCUAUAGACAAAGGUCCCCUAGUAAACCCAACUUCCAUCGGUUCACUUGGUUGCAAGGGUUUAUUAGGCAUGCGCAAAGGUGGACUGGGUUUUUUCCAAUUUGAAGUAGAGAGAGUCUUUUCAGCUUUACGUUCUCUGAUUCUUCUAUCUAUACUGAUAGAGAGUUGAAUUAAGGUAUCAAGCAUUGAAGGAAGCGUAGUUCUAGAUAAUUCAUCUUUAACUGUUUCAGACAAUCCUAAAUGGAACUGCUUACGUAGAGCUAUAUCAUUCCACUGGGUUUCAGAAGCCCAUCUUUUAAAUUCAGCUUUAUAAUCUUCCACUGGAUGAUUUCUUUGUUGUAAUAAUCUAAUAUUAAGAUCAGCAGUAGCUUGUUUAUUAGGGUCUUCAUAAAGUAGUGACAUUACUUCAAUAAAAUUAUCUAAAGAAUCCGAAAUAAGAUCUUAAUUUUCCAGAAAUGAAAGUGCCCAGGACAUGGGUUCACACCUUAAAUAGGAAAUCAUUGAACAGACCUUAAUCCGGUCUGUGGGAUAAGCCCUGGGUUUCAGAGUAAACAACAAUUUGCAUGAAUUCAAAAAUUCUCUGUGUUUAGAGCGAUCUCCAAACAAAUUUUCAGGAUUGCAGACAGCAGGGUCACUUGAAAAAUAUGUAACUUUACUUUGCAUUUCUCUUAUAUAAGAAAGAAGUCUCUCAUUAGCAAUUUGCAAAUCCUGCAUGCCUUGAGUGAGAAUUUCAACCCUGUGGUUUAAAGAGGUAAUUUGGGAAUUCACUUCUGCUGGUUCCAUUUUGAGGCUUGGUGAUUCUGUUACACUACUUGGGUGAUUUGGAUUGGAACUCAACUGCAGCUUGUAGAACUCCUAAUUACAUUAGUGAAGAUACGGAGAAACUUUAAAGUAUCAAUACUGUAACUUUAAGAAAAGAGGGAAUCGCUGGUAACUUGAUUCAAACGAAGUUUUAAUAAGUGUUAAACUUAAAUGAAUUGCAUUUAGGCAAUAAUCCAACAAGAAGAAGUGCAAGUAAUCAACAACACGAAGUAUUUCCUCAGAGAAGCAUUAAGUAACAUUCUUUGGUUAAUGAGAAUAAUCAAUAGUAACAUUAAGCAAGUAGCUGAGAAUAUUUGCAAAGCAAGAAACAGUUCAUAGUGAAUAAGCAUGAUGGGAGUUGUCCUCCAUAUAAUUAGUAGCUUGAAGUAGUGAAGAUUUGAGUAAGCAAGCAUAAGUUCAUUAUUAAAUGAGAUUGCAGCAUAAGUUCAUUAAUAAGUAUUUCCUCAGAGAGGCAUUAAGUAACAUUCGUUGGUUAAUGAGAAUAAUCAAUAGUAACAUUAAGCAAGUAGCUGAGAAUAUUUGCAAAGCAAGAAACAGUUCAUAGUGAAUAAGCAUGGUGGGAGUUGUCCUCCAUAUAAUUAGUAGCUUGAAGUAGUGAUGAUUUGAGUAAACAAGCAUAAGUUCAUUAUUAAAUGAGAUUGCAGACAAAUAGAUGAAAGAUAUAUGAGUAAUCCUCCAAUAGUUCAGAGAUAAGGUCCACUUGUAAAGUAAGUGAGUUUCCGUUCUCCAGCAAUCCUCUAUGACAUGAAGUAUACUUGUCUAGCCCAGAAGGCUAGGACGACUUCAGAGCUUGAAGAGCCGGCGUGUCCCAGGAGCCGGCGUGCAUACUCGGAAGUAGGACCCACAUUGCCAGAACCUGUGGAGAGGUAAGACUGGCGGAAGUAGCUCCCAGUAUCACCAAGCACCCUCUCUGGCACGGUCUCCCUAAAUACCGUCAGAGCCGCGUCAGAGGGGGGCAGGGUCCGGCUCCGCACAGCAGAGUGCCGAACCCAGAAGUGUUACCGCAUGACACUUUAUCUGCACGAACCCAUCUGUGCUCUGAAUCAGCCACAAAUCUCUUAAUAGUGUAAUGAUAAUGCUUACAUUUUCGUGAAAUAUCUAAUGUUUUCACACCUUGUCCAAGGAUUUGAAUUAUAUCACUCCUUUCGGCAGCAGAGAGAUCCUUUUUCUUCCCCAUAUUGCAUGAAAAUGGUGCUCUGCUUAAUAAUGUGGAACACCCUCGUUUAGUAGUUUUUCCUUAAAUUGGGCUCAUCUAAUUAUCACAGGUGUCCGAGAUUGUUUUCAGUGAUCAAAAGAAACCCUGAGACACAAUGCCACCCAUGAGUUAAACUGAAAAAAAAAUAUUUAAUCUUUGUGACACUUAAAUAGAAUUUGCAUAAUAAUUUGUAACAGGGUGCAAUUAGGAACCCAGAAAGGUCUCCUAAAUACAGGAAUAAUAGGAACAUUACUACUCCCAAAUUAUCCAUAAAAAAAAAAAAAAAUCCAAUCACAGUGUCAACGUGAGUAUAUAUAAUUCCUAUUUUCCUAAAUUCUUAAAUACUGAUAGAGUAAUUUUGUUACACAAGAUCUUACUCCCAUAAUUCUAUGUAUAUAGAAUGCCCUGAAAGGUAAAUCUACUGUCUAAAUAUUGGUUUCAGUCUCGGUUCCCCUCUGAUGAGCUGUGGGCAAAACGCGCGUGUAAGGGGCUCUCGGUGAUCCUGGUAGACAGUUAAUGCACUAUAACCAUUAUUAGAUUAGGAACUGUUGGUUUAUCAAACCAGGAUCCCGAGCUAAGAUACAGUUAUUCAACCGAAUAUUGAUCUGUGAUGUAGGGAUUUAGGGAUAACUAUAUAGUAUCCAGAUCGGGUCACAAUCUAUAAUUUAUUAGAAAUUAGAAAAUACUUCUAAGACAAUAGACAGCAGACCUUACCAAUCGAGCACAGAUCUAAAUGUAUCAUUAAACAACCUAGUCAUGAUUUUGUAUUAUGAAUAACAACAACUGUGUUAUCAAAACCUAGGUGAUCUUACUAAUUGUAUGUUGAAACAUUAUUUUUAACUAACUUGCCAUCUUUACUUAGAUACCAGGCAGGAUAGUAAAACUCACUAAUUGAACAUAGAUCAAAUUUAUCAUUAGUCAGCAUAACAAUAAUUAUUUUAGAUACCGGGCAGGAUAGUAAAACUCACUAAUUGAACAUAGAUCAAAUGUAUCAUUAGUCAGCAUACCAAUAAUUCCUUUGUUCUUAAUUCUCACUUUGAGCACAAAAAGCACCACAGAAAUCAAAUGUGUUCUUUUUCAUUCAUUUUUUUUAUUUUGUAACAAUAAAAGUUAAGUUUUAACUUUUAUUAGGGUACUCAAUUCUUGUCUUUUAUUGAAACAUUUCCAGUCACCUGGGUUAUCCCCAGAAAGAGUGUUAUCCCUGUCUUUAAGCUUCCAUCCCUCUCUAAAUUUGAUAUUGGUUUCAGUCUCGCUCCAAAUUAAGAACCUGCACACAAUGCAAUCCCUCCUGCCCUCUGGGCCCCAACCUGCAUUUCUGUAUUCCUUGGAAGGAGAAUAGAGAUAGGUCCCCCACUGCACAUAUUCUGAAAUGUUUGGACAUUGAGGUUUGUUUGGUGAAUUCUGUUCUAAUGCUAUAGAUAUGUUCAACUAUUCUGGUGCUCUUUGUUUGACCUAUAUAUUGUUUCUCUCAUUUUUUACAAAUUAUCAAAUACAGUACUCCUUCUGAUGAACAGUUGAUAAAAUCCUUUAUUUUAUAUUUCCUACCUGUGGAGGAGAAUGUGUGCUACAUGUAUGCAAUAUUUACUCCUUUUGAAGCUACAUUUGAACAUUCGACAUUGUUGUGCCUAAUCAAAUUCAUGAAGCGCGAAUAUCAAAAAGCAAUAAUCAAUUACCCUAAGGUUUUUAAAGAUAUUGGUGGGCACCAAAAUCCUAUUUGGGAUGAUUGAAUUGAGUAUUUGAGAAAGGGAAAUACACUGAUAUCAGGUACUUGUAAAUAACGAAUACAAACUUUAUUGAUUAACAGAGACUUAAUCAAUAAGUAAUAACAGCUUAAAGAAACAGCUUAAGUAUACAUCACCAUAAGAGAAGCAUGCUGUACUCGACUGAAAGAACUUCUGGCAGGCUUGAAGAGAUCCCUCUCUUAAUGGGAAUCAGCAGAACCAGCCAUAUGCGUCUGUAUUACAGGUGGGUAGUACUCCAAUGAGUGCCAAGUUUGAUCGUCUAUUAUAAGUUAUACAUAAUCAAUGGGAUGGAUAGUCUCUACUUUUCCACCAAAUCUUCUUAUCAGUGCAGCCCAGCAAAGACCUUGCAAAAGCGUUGGAUGAGACCUGCAGCUGGCCAGGCUGUCCAACCCCACCAAGAAUGCUAUGACAGAUCUGUGAAUUUACUUAUCUCUUAUGUAAACGCUAGCUACGUUCUCAUAAUAUUCUCGUGAAGAUAUGCAUGAGUCACUCUGGUGCUGUGUUUUGUGGUUAUUAACAUUUUCAGUACUGUGUACCGACGCCAUCUUAACUAUCUAUAAAAGUUUAAUUUGCUCAAUAGUGAUCAUUUUUAAUUAAUAUGGAAUAUUAUUAUUACGGACAUUUCAGAGGAUUGUACUGUAUUUGUUGCGAAAAGGCUUGGGGACAAAAAAAGUUCCCAAUGAUUUAGCUUUCCUUGCAGAACUCCUAAAUUUUAAUUGGCAUAAUUCCUUCAAAUAAUUUAUCGAAUUUCAAAAUAUAUAACAAUUUACAGAAUUUUUUUUCUAAUAUAAUAUAAUUUCUAAUAUAAUAGUUUUGUCACUAUAUAAUUUAGUCCACCCAAAAUCAGGACAAGCAUUGCAGAUGAAGAAAACAUUCUUCAAGUUCUCCUCCUCUCUGUACGCUUUCUGUGUGCUGACUGCCAUGUGAUUGACAGUGACAGAUGGACAAACGCAGCUGCAGAGUAAAGAGAUAUGGAUUUUAAAAUUUACUUUUAUUUUUCACACCUCACAAAUACAUAUUUGUAAAUUAUUGGGAUUAGUAAAUUUAAUAUUAAUACUCCUGGGACGUAGCAGUUCCCCUUUAACUGUCAUUUUAACUUUUGUAAUGGUCUUUGUUUCAGUGGGUGGUCGUGUGGACUUUGAGGAUUUUGUGGAACUCAUUGGUCCAAAGAUGUUAGCAGAAACAGAAAAUAUGGUUGGUGUGAGAGAACUCAAGAUUGCUUUCAAAGAAGUAAGUAAGAGCGAUGAGCCAGAGAAUGAAGCCUUGAAAUUAUCUCUCAAUAUCUUAUGAAACUUGCUUUUGCCAUUCUUACUAACACUUAACAAUUCACCUUUCACCUAUAUUGAAAGUAUUUGUAUUUAAAACCAUGUAUGUAGGCUACACUUAACAAUUCUCUUGCAAAUCAAUUUACAAUCUAAAUCUUAUGUAAGGCCUUGCAGAAUUAUAUAGGGUGGUUUGGUGUCUGGAUUUGCAAUGACCCUGCUUUGAUGCAUGUACCAAGUUAUGCUGUGCACUAAACAGGUAUUGAUUGUAUUGAUGCUAAAUGUAAAUUACUAAAUAACUUCACUUUAUGAAUUUGUGAGAAAGAAUGUGAAUGUGUGUCUGUCAGUGAGUGUGUGUCAGUGUAUUAGUGAGAGUCUAUCAAUGAAUGUCUGUGAGUGAGUGAGUUGAUUUGUGUCUGUCAGUGAGGUUGUCUGUUGGUGUGUGUCAAAUCGAUAAGAGUGUGUGUCUGUCAGUCAAAGUGUGUGUCUGUCAGAGAGAGCAUGUGUCUUUCAGUGAGUGAAUGUGCCUGUAGAUGGGCAGCAAAGGAGCACAUGCUCUGCGGUGAUGUGAUAUCAUGUCACUCACCACUGCGGUGCAUAAAGGAGCAGUGAGGAAGAGCAGGAAGAUUAAAGGAGCCACAUUAGACCUUAGUGAGGAGAUCCCCAUUGGACUUUAGGGAGAGAACCCACACCACCUCUUACAAAGGUAGGGAGGCUGGAUGUAUCUGUCAAUGUGUAUGUAUCUGUCAGGGUGUGUGUCUGUCAGUGAAUGAGUAUGUUUGUCAGUGUGUCAAAUCAGUAAGAGUGUGUCCAUCAGUGAGUGAAUGUGUCCGUCAGUGAGUGUGUGUGUCAAAGCAGUGAGUAUGUGUAUGUCAGUGAUUGUGUGUCUGUUAGUAAGUAAAUGUGUCUGUAAAUGAGCUUGUGUGCCAAAUCAGUGAGAGUGUGUGUCUGUCAGUGUUUGUAUAUCUGAGAGUGAGUGUCUCUCUUUUAGUGUAUAUAUACACACAUACAUACACUGGUGUGUUUGUGCUUGAGUAAGCAAGUGACAUUGUGUGUGUUUGUCAGUGAGUAGUGUGCGUGUCAAUGUAUGUGUGAUGUUUUCUUUCUCUCAAUUUCUCACUGGUUUAUCUGCUUCAGGGCUGCCAUCAGAAAUUUUGCGGCCCCUGACACAGCUCAAGUUCUGGGCCCUUAGGGCCCGCCCCCGAGAUCGCAUACUUAUUAUAUGUAUGUGUGUGUUAAAGACCAGAGAGCAGCCUCUCUCAUUUGGAGAUCUAUCUCUAGAUAGAUAUUUAUCUAUAUAUAGAGAUCUAUACACCUACAUAUACACACAUAACAUAUAUAAUAUAUAUAUAGAAAAAUGUUAUUGGAUAUGUGUGGGUACAGUAAAUGAGUAAGAGAAACACAAACACCGCAGAAAUUUAAAAACAGCACUGGUCCUUAACAGUAAAAAAAAUUGAAAACCUGUCUGGUCACUAAGGAGUUAAACAUAGAAAUCACCCACAAUUACAACUUUGCACACCAAGCUACCAGAUACCUCCAAAAAUGUUCCAGAACUGCUGAACGUUGCUUGAGAAAGUCUUACUCUGCGUCUGACUUCCUCCACUAUAAAUGUAUGCUGCCCUCCUACAGUUUGGCUCUAACCUCUGCAAAUGAAAACUACUUAAAGGACCACUAUAGUGCCAGGAAAACACUUGUUUUCCUGGCACUAUCGUGCCCUGAGGGUGCCCCCCUCAGGGACCCCCUCCCGCCCGGCUCUGGAAAGGCGAAAAGGGGUAAAACUUACCUUUUUCCAGCGCUGGGCAGAGAGCUCUCUGCCUCCUCUCCUCCGAUCCGCCCCGUCGGCUGAAUGCGCAUUCAGCCGGUCACAUAAGAAAGCAUUCUCAAUGCUUUCCUAUGGACACUGGCGUGCUCUCACUGUGAAAAUCACAGUGAGAAUCACGCAAGCGCCUCUAGUGGCUGUCAAUGAGACAGCCACUAGAGGGAAUGCUUAACCCAUUGAUAAACAUAGCAGUUUCUCUGAAACUGCUAUGUUUAUGAAAAAAACGGGUUAACCCUAGAAGGACCUGGCACCCAGACCACUUCAUUAAGCUGAAGUGGUCUGGGUGCCUAGAGUGGUCCUUUAAAUACCCUUAUAUCCACAGAAAAGAGAAAAAGUACAAUCCAUGGCGCUAAGGAUAAGCAGCUAGAACACACUUAAUGUGAAUAAUCACAAAAAAUUCCACAGAAAAAGUGAAUACAAACAAAAUGGUGUGCAGCGCAGAAUAGGUAAUACCCCAAGUGAGAUGCAGUGCAUUCACAGUGAGGAUAUAUAUAACCAAUGUAAAGAUGAUGCCAAUAUAUACCCUAAAUAUCAUCAGGGUCAGAUGGUAGUAAGCCCAGAUGUUUGAAGAAAUCAGUGGCACAAUACCUAUAAAUAGGUAAAAAAGAAUAGACUCAUAGCAUAACACUGAAAAGUGAUAUGUGUUUAUAAGGUAUCUAUAUGGUCCAACUCACAUUUGUGAGAGCCUGUUUAAGGAAAACUGGCUCAGGUAGUAACACUUGUAAAGAAAUCUGGAGGAUAUUCCAAUUGUAUGCAGCUUGCUCCUCAAAAUGAGAGGUACAGAGAGGGUACACCAAUUAAAAAGCAAAUUUAUUACAAAUAUAUAUAAACUCUAUAUAAACAUGAAAAUUGUAGUAAUGACAUUCUCAGAUAAGUAGAAAAGGCACAACGCGUUUCGAAAUUACUCGUCUUCCUGAGGUGCAAUAAUAUCAAACAAACUUCAUACACCGUGAAAUACAUCAAAUGGUGCUGGAAACGGGUACUUAGAACCCGCCCCCUAUGCCUAAUAGCCAAUCGGCAAUGUAGUCUCUUCCUCCCGUUUGGUCUCUCGGAGUUGCUGUAGCCGCAUCCAUCUACUUCCGGUUUUAUGUUAUAAACAGCAGUUCUGGAUUGUAUGCGUUCCACGAACUACCAAUCAGCGCGCUCAUGCAUUCCAACGAUGAUAUGUGCCGUCCAAAUAUAUAAAUGCUGUCAGUAUCAGCUUAAAAUCUUGGCAAAUAGUCCAAUUAAAGUCCAUAAAAAAUGUCCAUACAUAAAUAAAAUAAAGAGAAAACAAAAUAUUUAUUAUAAAAACACACACACAUACAUACUUUUUUUUUUUUUUUUUUAAAGUAUCUAUAUAAUUCAUAUUGUUUAAAAAAAACUACAUUAAAUACCCCAUACAAAUUAAAUAUAGUUAAACAUAUCAAAAUCAAUAUUUAACCCUUUAGGAGAGAGGGUUUCCAAAUCGAAGGUCCAUCUAAUUUCUGUCAUGUUAAGGAUCCUCAUAUGGUCACCCCCUCUCCAAGGUUUUAAAACUUUUAGAAAUCCCCAUAAAGUGCAAGGCUUUUAUAUCUCCAUUAUGUUUUUGAUGAAUAUGUGCAGAUACAGAAUGGGUUAAUACCCCAUUGUGUAUAUUUCUCAGAUGUUCACUAAUUCUAACUUUCAGUAAUCGAGUAGCGCGCCCUAUGUAUUGUAAGCCGCAUAUGCACGUUAAUAAGUAACUAAUGUUAUUAGAAUUACAAGUAAUGAAUUCCUUAACAUGAUAUUCUUUUUUAGUUACAUUAGACUGAAACUUUUCUGUUUUUCUAGUUGAAGUUCUACUGGACUUAGAAGCCUUGCAACUACCACAGUAGUAGAAACCUUUUAAAACGUUUCCCUGUACAUCUUUAUUCGGCACUGUUAAGACCUGCAGUGGUUAUGGUGCUGCGGUCUUCUGUUCCGAGCUGAGCAUGAGUGAUUAUAGCUACAGCAGGGAGUAGAGGAAUGAGGUAGUUGCAGUUCCAAGGUGAUUCUUCCCAGCAAAUAGAAUAUCCCCCAAACAUGAGCCUAGACUUCAUGAAGGGUGUAACAGGAAUGAAUUUUAUUGACACACAUGGGCUUUUAUGAGAAAUCCUCCUGCAAGAGGACCUCCCACAGCAAACAUAGUCAACAGCCAAUCAACAUACAGAUUUACAGUAAUACACGCCUUCUCUCUGCCUGGGAGAUAUUGAGAUAAAUUAAGGAAUAAACCAAUUAUCUCCAGGCAGAGAGCACACAAUUUCCCCAAAACUCAGAACACCCCUUUCCCCACCAGGUACCCCCACAAAUUACAUAUCCCCUGAUAGCCCCGAUCUGGGGGACAAACAUAUCCAAAUUUCACCCAGAUCGGUACAGGGGUUCUAAAAAAGUGUGGAGGGUCCCUUUUACCGACCACACAUGCGGCUCCUGCCCAAAACAGUUCCAUGAAUUCAGCGUGUGCGGUCGGUCAAUUCACAAAUAGGUAAAAAACGAACAAAAGUCCCGAAUGGAUCUCCUGGCUCAUAGUAGCGAAUGCUCCCCUAGUCCGUUCGCACAGAACUACCGAAUGGUGCUUCCCUGGCUGUUCGGGAAAUACAAGAAGCCGGCGCUUGGUAGUUUCAGCGGUGGUUCGCGAGGUCGAGUGUCCGAUUUUAGUUCCAGACACUCGACGACCAAGUCCCGCUGACUCCCUUCGUGCGAACAAGAUGGCCGCCGUUUUCUAUUCCACGUGGCAUUCGUCUGUACGAACAGAGGCCGCCCAGGGAGCACUUAAUAGCUGGAUCCUUUGUAGUUAAUGAGCCAGGAGAGUGGUCGGCAUUCAGUAGUUUCAAACUACCGAACCAAUACAUUCAAUAUACAGGUAAAUAACAGGAAAGUACUGAACAAAGAAGAAAAUGUCCAUUAAAAGUCUAUUUUCUUCACAGGCACUAUUUUUUUUUAUUUUUUUUAGGGAUCACACUAUGGGUUAAAAUACUUUUAAAAUUAUUCGCACCCCUGCAUACUACCCGUGGUUUAUCUCCUAUAUAAGUGUCCAGGUCUUCAUUUUGUCUUAAAAUGUGCCAAUGUUUUACCCCCCAAAAAACAUUUUUGGGUUAACUCUCCCUCCCUGCCGACAUCAGCUCCCUCUGCCGACAUCAGCUGAGCCGAAUGCGCGGCAAGUGCUGCGUGCGCAUUCAAAGUGUCCAUAUGAAAGCAUUUUUCAAUGCUUUCCUAUGGACGCUCUGCGUGAUGGAGGCAUCCAGAAGACAGCCACUAGGUAACUGGGUUAAAUUGCUAUGUUUGCAUCUGCAAGGUUAAAACCUGAGGGACCUGGCCCCCAGACCACUAAAGUGUCCCUUUAAAAACUCACUUUUUAGGAAAGCAUAUCAAACUGUUUUCCCUCCACGCACCCUGAUUCCUCUCCAACUAUGAUUAAAAAACAAAACAUUAAGCCUUCCGUGAAUACUAUUCUAGCAACCUACUUUUCUACCAUAACCGUAUCUAUUGUGUCACAAUACCCCACUCCCUCUAGCAUGUAAGCUCAUUGAGCAGUCCCUCAACCCCUUUGUUUCCUGUGCGUCCAACUCACCUGCUUACAAAAACUUUGUUAGUCCAUAAAAUGUACAGAAUUUACAGAACUUGUUGGCACUUUAUAAAUAAUAAUAAUUAUUAUUAUUACAUACAAGCAAUGUAGUGUUUAGCAAUAGUGAUGUCCCGAACAGUUCGCCACGGUUUCCAGUCAGCAGACACAUUUCAGCCAAUCAGCAGCAGACCCUCCCUCCCAGACUCUCCCACCUCCUGGACAGCUCACUAAGAAUGCAGCUUCAAAAUGGAUGCUGUCAAGGAGGUGGGAGGGAGGGUCUGCUGCUGAUUGGCUGGAAUGUGUCUGCUGACUGGAGUCCGCGGCGAACCGUUCGGGACAUCACUAUUUAGCAAGCUAUUACCAGAACAGGAGAUACAACAUUAGAUGACUUUUACAUGAAGAGUUUAGGAAGAAUGUGUAUCAGAAAACACAGCAGUGAGAACAGCAGGAUGACAACCUGUAUUGACAAAAAACAGACUGAGCCCAGAUGAGUCAUGGGUAGCAUUAUUGCUUGCAAAUUCGGCACAGGGCAAUAAUUCAGCCCAGUUAGACUGUGUACUAUUCAAGAAGCAACGUAAAUACAGCUCAAGUGAUUGGUUAGCUCUUUCAGCCAUACCAUUAGUUUGGGGAUGGUAAGCAGAGGAAAAUGACAAUUCAAUGCCCAACUGUUUAUUGAAUGCCCUCUAGAACUGUGACACAAAUUGGGAACCCCUGUCAGACACAAUAUUUUGAGGAAUACCAUGUAGCCUGACAAUAUCGCAUAUAAAUAUGUGCACCAGGUCCUGAGACGAUGGCAAUUUUCUAAGUGGAGUAAAACGUGCCAUUUUGGAAAAACGGUCAACUAUCAUGAGGAUGGUUGUAUAUCCAUUGGAACUAGGCAGUUCAACAAUGAAAUCCAUCAAUAAAUGAGACCAUGGGAUACUGGAUAUGGGAAGUGGCUGUAACAAUCCACAUGGAAGUUUAUGAGGAACCUUCGAUACUGCACAGACAGUGCAGGCUUCUACAUAAUCUUUAAUAUCCCUCCUGAGUGACUCCCACCAAAAUUACCUGGAAGUGGCGGAUACAGUUUUAUUAAUACCUGGAUGCCCAGAAGUCACAUUGUCAUGGAAUACCUUCAGCACCUCUUUCCUGUCAGGCAAUGGAAUAAACAAUUUAUCUUGAGGUUUGUUGCAAGGUGUCUGGGGCUGAGCCGCCAUGAUAUCACGGAGCAAAGGGGAUGAUAAAGAAAGGCCAGUGGAUGCAAUAAUACACUCAGGAGAAAUGGGGCAUGUCUCUUGUUCUAGAUCUGAUUCAACGUCAAAUUGCCUAGACAAGGCGUCAGAUUUAACGUUCUUAGAACCGGGUCUGUAGGUGAUAAUGAAGUUAAAGCGAGACAAAAAUAAUGACCAUCUAGCGUGUCUAGAAGACAGUCAUUUGGCAUCCCCAAUAUAGGCCAGGUUCUUGUGAUCAGUAAUCAGAAUGGGAUCCUUGGAACCCUCUAAAAGAUGUUGCCAUUCUUAAGCGCUAGUAAGAUGGCUAAUAGUUCUCUAUUACCAAUUUCCUGGGCAGGAGACAACUUUCUGAAGAAGUAACCACAAGGAUGCAAAAGGGCAUCCUGAGUCUCUCUCUGAGAAAGAACAGCCCUGACCUCUGUCUCGGAGGCGUCAACCUCAAGUAGGAAAGAUUUACUAGUGUCAACAUGUCUUAAUAUGUCAGCAGAUGCGAACAUUUGUUUAAGAAGCUCAAAAGCCUCUUUAGGAAAUAUAGUACAAUUAGCCCCCUUGCGUGUCAUAUUGGUGAUGGGGGCUAUUACCGAAGAGAAACCCGGCUCUGGAAGGGUGAAAGGGGUUAAAACUUAUUUUUCCAGAGCUGGGCGGAGAGCUCUCCUCAUCCGAUCCUCCUCCGUUCCUCCCCGUCGGCUGAAUGCGCACGCGCGGCAAGAGCUGCACGCGCAUUCAGCCAGUCACAUAGGAAAGCAUUCAUAAUGCUUUCCUAUGGAUGCUGGCGUGCUCUCACUGUGAAAAUCACAGUGAGAAGCACGCAAGCGCCUCUAGUGGCUGUCAAUGAGACAGCCACUAGAGGAAAUAGGGGAAGGCUUAACCCAUUCAUAAACAUGGCGGUUUCUCUGAAACUGCUAUGUUUAUGAAAAAAUGGGUUAACCCUAGUUGUACCUGGCACCCAGACCACUUCAUUAAGCUGAAGUGGUCUGGGUGCCUAGAGUGGUCCUUUAAGCUAAAGUUGUUCAGGUGACUAUAGAUUCCCUUUAAUUGGAUUUCAGUGUAAAGACAAGUAUAACUUUAAUCUCUUUAACAUGUAUUCAACAUGUGUGCACUCUCUAAUUUUUAUUAGUUCGAUGUAAAUGGAGAUGGUCACAUCAGUGGAAUGGAGCUGAGAGAUGCUGCUCAGAGUUUCUUGGGUGAGCCUCUAAACCCUAGCGAAGUCCAGGAGAUCAUUCAUGAUGUAGAUCUGAAUGGUGAUGGCCGUGUCGACUUUGAUGGUGAGACUUUUUUUACAUUAUUUUAUCUAAACAAGCAUUAACUGGACAUUAGAACACUUGAACAUUUAAGCAUACAGAAGCUAAGAAAAAUAAAAAGAUACUUCUACAUAUUUAAAAGGUUUAUUUAGAUUCCAGAAUACAAAACCACAUUUAAUACCUUUUUUUGUUUCUUUGUCAUUUUUCAGAGUUUUGUUUUUUUCACCAGAAGUGUGAAUUUAAGUUGAGGUACAAAAACUGCUAUAAAUAGAGGAGGCUUGUCAACAGGAGCAGUUUAUCAUGAAAUUAGAAAAAAUAUAUUAAAUCUAUUCAUGUUAAAGUUUAAAAGCAUAGGCCUCCAACACAUGCUUAGUCUUCUCUAACAUGAUUUCUGAGGUAACUCAUUGGCUGCAGGACCUUAGACACUCUGGAAGACAGACCUGCAUAUUGCCCUGUCUUUUAGGGCUGUCAUUAGGUAACAGCACCAAGUGGGGGCCUCAGACCUCUUUAAAGUGGAAAUGUGUUCCCAAAUAUGUGUAUCUACAGGUUUAUAGUGUUAAACAGGGCAUGACCUCUCACUUGGUAAGAUGUUAAGUACAUGGGAUUACAUAGGCAAAGUUGGGGAUGGGCCCUGGCAGCCAUACUCUGAGUAGAAGCAGAAAGUUUAAAGGGACACUAUAGUCAGACUUAUUGAAUUUGUUCUGGUGAGUAGAAUCAUUACUUUCAGGCUUUUUGUUGUAAACACUGUCUUUUCAGAGAAAAAGCAGUGUUUGCAUUACAGCCUUGUGAUAACUUCACUGGCCACUCCUCAGAUGGCUGUUAGAGAUCACUUGCCUAAAAUGCAUCCAAACAUUCAGUAUCUCCUCCCUCUGCAUGCAGACACUGAACCUUCCUCAUAGAGAUACAUUGAUUCAAUUCAUCUCUAUGAGGAGAUGCUGGUUGGCCAGGGCUGUGUUUGAAUCAUGCUGGCUCUGCCCCUGAUCUGCCUCUUUGUCAGUCUCAGCAAAACCUAUGGGGAAGCAUUGUGAUUGGAUCAGGCUACCACUUCUGAUGAUGUCAGCACACUGCUUGCUUUUCUGAGUCUAACAGCAUGCAGAGUUACAGCUUCAAGCUUGAAUACAGUAAGAUUUUUUACGAUAUUUAUAGAGGCAUGAGGGGCUAGAUUGUGGUUUUAACUCUAUGGGGUCAGGAAUACGUUUGUGUUCCUGACCCUAUAGUGAUCCUUUAAACUCUGCAACUACCUUCAAUAUUUUGCAUGUUCUCACUGAUUUACCAUGUGAGAUCUCAUUGGUUGCCCUGGUGGGGAAGCUGGCUGGUCUCCUGCCAGGAAUAAAUAACCAUACCAGUUUGCCAAUGUAGUUUAUCUUGGGUCCUGCCUUCUUCCCAUUUUUGAACCAGAGAUGGUUAUCCAGGUCCCUUCUGUUUAGAUUCAAUUAGGACUCUGCUAUCAAAAAAAACAAACAAAAAAAAACUACAAUCUUUUCCUAAGAUCAGCUGGUCAUGAGAUGAUUACUACUAUGGCACAAGGGAGUCUUCUAUUGCAGCUGCAUUCUGAAAGGGCACAAGAGUCAGUAAACACCCGAAUAGAGCAAGGGCAAGUCAAAACACAUGCAUAGAGCUGCAAACCUCUCACCCCAUAACUGGGCCAGAGACAGCCAAGGGAAGUCACAACCUCUAUUACUCCCUAGGCAAUGACCUCACAGGGAAUUCACCACCCUACACUGCCAACAUUCCUGGGAUGACCACCGCAUCUGGAGAGAACAUUAUUGUGAUUUGUCACACUGAUAUCACUCUCUACCCUACCUGUAUCAUCAGAGAUAUAUUAAGACAGGCAAAAUAUCAAAAACGUGUAACUUGAUAAAGUGUAAUAGUGUUUCCUAAAAGAGAACCACCUCCAAUAGUUACAAACAAACGUGAAAUAAACCAAAAAUUGUCUUUGGUGCUAAUAAAAGAAACAUGCGCUGUGCAAAUCCACAAUUAUAUGCAAAGUAAAAUAUAAGACAAAAAAUUAGUAUUACCCUUUAUCGGCUUUAAAAUUCUGGUCAGGGCACUCUCAGAAUCAGUAUGUAUUAAGGAGAUCAUAUAACGAGAAAAACAAGCUGGCACAGCUCUUAAAAAAAGGGGCAGAACGUGGAAGAAAUCCAAAUAAACAAACGCACUACAAGGACUUUUGUGAAUACAAUAUACCAAAUGAACUGUGUCUUUCAAUCCGAUUGCUAGCGAUGCAUAAGAUCCUGGCGACAGUAGAUGUUUGACAGAGAAGUUGCCUCCUGGUGGGCAAUGCGUAUAAUGCACAAAUUAUUUAGAACAUAUAUCCUUGUAAGUGUAUAUUUGGUUGUUUUAAACUUUUACGGCUUUAUUAAAUACACUAUGAUAUUUCUCUAUGUUUUUCUUGUUAUAUGAUCCAAUAUAUAUAUUGUGUGUGUGCACUGACCAGUAUUUUAAAGCCUUUUAAAAGGUAACACUUAUAUUUAGUUUUUUGCACUUUUUUGGUGCCAAAGACAAUAUUUUGAUUUAUAUAUUAAAACAGACCUUGAUUUUACUCAGACUGACCAGCAUUGUGUACUUUCUCAUUUUUAAACCUGGGGGCUAGACGGUGAAUACUCCCAACUGGAUAGUCAUCUGCAGUGGAUUUGCAUUAUCUUUGAUCAUGGGUCAUGUACUCAGGCCUUCAGACUGGGAAUUAUUUAGAUGGUUCCGUAUGCUUUGUGAGUCUGAAUUUUUAUUGCAGUCCCAGUUCCUCCAUGCAUAUGUCAAUUUAUAAAUAAUGUUGCUCAGCAUACAUUUUUGUUUCAUCAUUCAAAGUUAAAAGAUACAGCACAGUUGAGCACAUUAAAACAUAGCCUACAUAGAUCGAGAACAAUGCAAUAUGGCAUAAUAAAGCAAUAAGAUAUAACCUGUGACAGCACAUUAAAAUAUAGCCAAUGUCGGCCAAGAAAAAUUAGAUAUGGCAUAACAGCAAAAUGAGAGAUUUUGUGAGAAUUGCCUUAGAAGACAUAUAGCAAUCAGAUUAAUAACAGUCACCAUGAGAAUAAUAGUACAAUUUUAAAAAAAAAGUGUCAUGGAGCCCCUAUUAUGCACUAAAACAAGAAUAACUAGAACUCACCAUGAGCCCUGGCAUUUGUUAUUGAUCAAUACAAUACGCAGGCAAUAUGGGUCCUCCAAGCCAGUCCGUGCCCCCACUAAAUGUUCCACAGCACAGUGCGCACUUGAUGGCCUGUCAGACCACCAGAUUGUCCUCCACCUAGAGUCCGCAAACAAGCCAUCUCCUGCACCUCCACUGUACUACCAGAGCUCUGGUAUGCAGAAUGGAAGCUGCCGCAUGUUUCUCCCAUGAACCAUCAGGGCAGGUAAACUAAAGCACAUCCUCUCAGCAACCGGUCUGCUGGACGCUACCACAGCACGAUCCCUCAGGGCUCACAGUGGCAUCAACAAUUUUAUCCAGGUUCCCCAUAAAACCUAGAGACAUAGGACCCAUGAUCUCAGCAGGGUAUUGCCUCAAAGACACCAUGGGGGACCAGCACCCCACAAGGGCAUUGUAUUCAUUGUAAGCUAGACCCCUAAACAAAAGAACAAAUUUAUUUUAAGGAGACGUGCAUUUGCAUAUAACCAAUGUUUCAGUUCAACUAACUUGACAUAUUAAGAAAAGUUUGUUAAUGGGACUGAAAUGGUGAGUGUAUGCUGUUGUACAGCUGUAAAAAAACAAAUUACGUUAUCUUGUUGAUUUUGAAGUCCUAUGAGUGUGUUCUUAACUUUGGCUGAGAUCAUCAAACUAAUACACAGCCCCCUCCUGUCAGGAUCUUACCUGAGUUGGGAAUCUGUAGCGCAGUUAUGUUGCUCACCCUUGCAAAUACACACAGUCCAAGGUGACCAGAUAAUAAACCACCUGGACUGUGAAUCUGUGCACGGGGGGCCGUGGAGGAUAAAGUUCCAAGUCGCAGUACAGGCUAGGACACAAACAGCAGGAUAGUCAAGGGAUAGCCGAAGCCAAAGGAUGCCAGAGGUCAGGAUCAACAAAGAGUAGCCAAAGUCAAGGGAUGCCAGAGGUCAGAGAAAACAAUGUCAGAAGCCGGGGUCAAUAUAGAGUUGAGAUUCAAUAGACCGGAACACAGGAACGUAAUACACACAACAGUAUCAAAGACUUGAUAACGUUCACAGGGCGAGGCUGUGUUUAUAUACCCUGCUGAUGUCUGAUCAGGGUCAGGUGAAGCACAGCAAUUGUCAAGGUCCAGCCCCCAGUGGUACAGACAAGCCAGGAUGAAUAGGACUGGAAUAGCUUGAAAAUAAACAAAACUGUUGUGCCUCAAAGGUAGAAUGCAGGCCCAGGACCACAAAGUUCUCAAGUUCAAAUCCCCUGUUGGGCACUUCUGGGGCGACCACGUCUGGAUGUCAUGGUGAGAUCUUUGACACCUUCCUCAUUUUAAACACUGCCCACAAAUCAAAUAUUGCCCCAAAUCCAAUAAACUGCCCCUCCUCUCCCCACUCUGAUUUAAUACAAUACACUCCAAUACACUGGCCCCCACCCUCAAUUUAAUACACUGGUGCCCUACCUCUCCCAAAUGAAUACACUACCCGCUCCCUCCAUCAAAUUAAUUUACUGUCCCCUUUCCCCAAUUUAACACUACACAGGAAUGUCCCUCAAGCCCCUCUUUCCCUACCUUAAGAUGAGCUGCCCGUCCUCCAGCUCCAGCCCUGCUCUUCUCUACUCAAGCAGGCCAGACGCUCCUCUGAAACUGCAAGCAGGCGGGAAGGGUGAGUGGCUUGCCUGCUCUGCAGACAGACAGCCACUCUGCCCUCUUGUGGCCAUGGGAGGAAAGACAAGAAGCAGACAGGAAAGAUCUUUCCCGCCUUGCAGCUGGUCGCAGCAACAGCACAAAUCGGCCACAGUGCAAGUGAGCCGCAAAUAUAUUCAUUGUUGGCUGCAAGUUUGACAUGCUUGCUGUACAUGCAUGGUCCUAUUGGCAUUCAUUUCGCUGUUUAAUUUGCUGCAUGAAACAUGACAGUGAACACAUAUUUUGAAGGACUCAUCUGGACUUCAUUUAGUAGCCAUUUAGUAUGUAGCAAUACCUGUGCUUUUUUCUUGUUUCAUGUCUAGUAAUUGUGAGUGCAUUUUUAGAAGACCUACAUUUUCCUCAGCCAACCCUCCUAUUCCCAUUGUUUAUUUACACCUUCCUUAAUACAUCUUUAUUUCCCUUUAUUACCCAUUGCAUCUUCUCAUCCUAAUUUUGAAUUGAAGCCCAUGGUCCCAUAUUUGCCUCUGCUUUAAUUUUUACCUCUAUUCCUAACCCUAUUCCGUCCAACAUUGUCUUUUCAUAAAAGGGUGAUAUGCCAUUUGCUCGCCAACCCCUUUAUUAAAAAUAUAAAUACCUUGACCCUACACCAGUAUUUUGUUUUUUAUCUAAUUUACAUCAUUUUUUUUUUCCUGGUGCUGGCUAUAUGAUUGGCACCCUCUGUAUUUUCAGUACAGAUCUAGUACAGUCCCCAUCUCUUGUUCAUUAUACUUGUAUUGUAGUGAAAGUGGUAUGCUUUCUGCUUCUCACUGCUCUAACACAAGUUUUACAAAAGGGAGCUUGUAGGUUGAUUAUAUCAUGUUUUUUUCUGGUUCUACUUAUUUCUGAUCAAUUCAUUUUUAUUGUAUCAUCUCAAGCAUGUAAAACAAAUUACCAAAAAAUGUUACUUCAUAGAAAAAAGUGUGGGGACCAAACUAAUAUUUCAUCUGUCACUUGCUGCUGCCACAUGAACAACGACCACAUUCAUUUUAGCAAAUUGUUUUAAAAGGGAACUGUCACAUUUUUACUCAACGGAAUAAAACAUGGAAAAUCAGCUGUAACUUCUUAACAUUUUUUUCAUGAGAUGCUCUGUUUUUUCAAUUGAUAUUAAAGAUUUAGCAAAUUUAUCACGAUCUAAUUUAGGCAAGGUAAAGUCAGGGCAAACAAUUUUUUUUUUUAAAUGCUCCUCUUCCUUUUAUGUUUUCUCUAUGCUGACUGCCAGGUGCAAAUUACAGAACCUUUAACCCCCUUAAGGAAUGUGUGACAUGUCAUGAUUCCCUUUUAUUCCAGAAGUUUGGUCCUUAAGGGGUUAAAGUACAACUAAUAUAAGCCAUGCCAUUUCAUCUCAACAAAGUUCUCUAGGCGCUGUGGCUCUGUAUAUUUAAUCCAGCAAUUUAAAACUGAAUUUCAUACUGACAGUCACUAAGAGGUGCUUCUUGUGAUAGUAACCGAUUAAAAGUCUGCAAUGUGACUGCAGUCUACAUAGGAAAACACUGAUUCACUGCUUUCCUUUGGGGAACACUGGCAAACGAGCAUCGCGGGAGGAGGUGUGGUAAGCAGUCCCUCGGCACGGGGAAAAAAGGUAAGUAAAAAGGAGGAUUUUUUAAUCCUUUUUAUGCCAAAGUUGCAGGGAAGGUCUAUAUAUAUAAAAUUAGGAAUAACAAAGCCUACAGAUUAGUAUUUCUAAUUGUCUUAACAACAAUUGUCAGGUAGCUACGAUGGAGGCUUACAUAAAAUAAUUAUGGGAAGUGACAGUCCCCCUUGAAUUUUCCUUUACCAAGCAACUUUUUCAUGUUUUCUCUAUUUCUUUAAAUCUGUUUCAGAGUUUGUCAUGAUGUUGUCAUCCAGAUAACCUUUGCUGAAGAAAUUAUCACAGUGUGAACAGACAAUAAUGAAAUCCUUGAAGGGCCUUGUCUCCCAGCAGCUGUGUCGAAAUUAUACUUUUGAUCAAAAAGUAUACAAAAGUAUGCACGUCACAUGGUUAAAAAUGUCCAUUGUUGUAACAUUAAAAUAUUAAUUACAAGCAAUGUAAACAUGUUUGUUAUUUAUAUAAAUAUAUAUAAAGGCACUCUGCGUAAAACAAUCUGCAGAAAUAGGGGUAUUGUCCUAAGAGGUAGAGCUCUGAAACUUUAUAGCAAGAUGCAGAUUGCCUUAUAAACUUAAUGGUAACAUACACAAAGCAAGAUAAUGUUUUCACAAGAUACUUUUCUUCUUGCUAAUAGUUUUAGUGUUUUCCUGGUGUUCUUUUGCAUUGAUUUGACAUAUCUAGUUUAGAGAGAGUUGAUGUAGCAACAAGCUUUCUUCAUUAGAUCAUUUAUCAAAAUAUGGGAGGUAGAAGAAUUGGAAGCCAUAUCUGCCUCGCACGGCGCAGUAUAUGAAUAUAACAUGGUAAACUGCAAGGGAAAAAAAACACACACACAAGUGAAAAGGGAAGAACAGAGAAUGACAUUGUUGUAAGCAAGAAUCCCACCUGAUCAUGUCACAUAUAUGUUAAAUGUACAUGUAAAACUAAAUACCUGGUUACAAUUUUUUUUUUAAACUAAAAAAAAUACAAAAAAACCUCAUGACCUCUAUUCAGGUGUUAAAUAUGAAAGGUUAGUAAUGUAUGUUGCCUCCUAAGAUGGAAUUCCAGAUAUUUUCUCCUGUAAAACAUUUAUUAAAUGAUAAAUAUUUGUAAACGUAUCUCACCUCCUGGUAUCAAGAGUAAUAGCCCAGGUACAAAAAAUAUGGCACUUGAAACAGCUGUAAAAAGAUAUAGUAUUAUUUGCUUAGCUGAUUAUUUGUAAAUUAUAUAUAAGUGAGUGUAUAUGCAUCAUAUAAAAUCAGUCAUCUACUAACCUGGUGAAGGGGAAACCUGCAAUCCCACACCAAUAAACAAAAAGACUGCAAAAGACAGAAAAAUACAUUUACUGGUAUUUAGGGAAGUUAGGAAAUCUAGGAAAGGAUUGAGACAGAUAUAUAUACUCACCUAAACCUAAAAGUAGCAGAAGGAAAGAUGAAGUAACAACUUUCUUGUUCUUUUGAAUCAGUGGGUGUCUUGUCCAGCUG